ACUACGGACUACGGCCCAUAAGAAACGGUGCUUAUAUGCAGGACUGUAGCCCAUUCAAACGGACCAAAGUCUAUGGGCGACCGCCCAUAUACAGGGGGGUGCGGGUGGCAGUUACUUUUGGCAGUCAACCACCAUGAGUAUGCAGUUACUUACUACUGAAUUGCCCAAAUUCACAGCACGGUCGUACAAUAUUACACUGACAUCCAACCACCUUCGCGUACGCAGUUACCAGCUUUUGCACAUUUUCACAGCAGACUGGUGCGAAUUUUCGCUAACGGCUCCUGUGAAUUUUCGUUCUCAGUAUUGCCGUAGCGUGGGGUCCACUAUAAAACGAUAUGUACAAUGCACUGCAGAUUAUCCCCAGUUUUUAAAGUACAUACUAUAACUGCUUUUAUACGCAGCUUCACGUUUACUUUGCGUUGUAUUAGUUGUAUUCUGUUUGUUACAUUAUGUUUCGUUCACCUGUGUACACUGCUGUCAACAUGUAUGCCUACCUGUGGGACCAGCCUGAUGAUGCUAAGACCAUCAUCCUGGAUGAGUUCCCUCUUGCCGAUUUCCGUGACGUACCGCUCGCUCGCUUCACGGACCUGCAGUGCCUGUCCGCUAACGCCUGUGGAUUGUCGUCUUUGCUUGGUCUGUCUACGUUGCCUAACCUGACGUACCUACAGCUCAACGACAACCAGUUGGGUUUCUACGCGGAGAACCCCCACUUUGAGAUCCUGGCAACCGCGACACCAAACCUGAAGCGACUGACUUUAGCCAACAACGGGAUUAGCAGCGUGGAUUUCUUGGAGCCGCUGAAGAACUUGCCCACGCUCCAUACCGUGGAUUUGUACUGCAACAGCGUUAACCGGACCCACUCCCGUUACCUGAUCCGCGCAAUCCCACAGGUUAUGCGAUGGAGUGGAGACGAUGGCGACGUGGAUAGCGAGAGCGAUGAAGAAAUGAACGAGCCCGAGUCGGACCAUGGCGAGGAGGAGGAGGAGGAUGACGAUGCGUCGAUGGCUGGCUCAGACCAUACUUGGUUGCUGUCGGACGAUGAUGUGGACCACAUCUCGGACUCUGCCUCGGAACCGGAUUUGGAUGAAUUGACCUCGGAAGCGGACGCGGGUGAGAUCCCGGACUCGGCCUCGGAACAAGACGGCGACAACCUGGAGAGCGACGACGACGUUGUUAUGCUGAACUAGUUAGGUGUCUUAUUUGCGUUAUUCCUGUUUUCACCCCCUCGGGGACCCCCUCGGUAAUCAUACAACGGGUGUUAUGUAUUCUUUUCUUUGUUACUGCUUGUACGAUUGUUUAUUGCUCUGUUCCUGUUCUCACUCCCGGAUAACUCCUCGGAAACCGUACACGGUCUUACGUGUUUUCUCUAAUUGUUGCUUCUUAUUUUUCUGUAUUUAUGUUAUUGGUAGUACGUUGCGCUCGUACGUGUGAAGAAAAAGCAA